GUCCUCUGAUCUGAGGUCUGGAGGUAAAAACUAUUUAAAGAGGGGGAACAGUGACUUUUGAUUCCCUAAAAAAGAUGCUGGACCCAGGUGAAAUUAUGGAGAACACUCAGGGAUCCGUACUAAGCGAGAAAGAGAGUGCUCAGAAAGCAAAAUCUAGUCAGAGGGCAAAAAAGUGCAGUCUCUGUUCUAUUAAACUUUCUGAUUCUUCUGAUAGGAAAGUGUGUAAAAAAUGCACUGACAACAUUUCUAAGGAUUUAGUUCCGUCCCUAAAAGAAGAACUUAAAAACACAAUUAGGGAAGAAAUCAGGGCUGCUAUGUCAGAUACCUCAUUAAUUCCUUCCUGCUCCAAACAAGCGCAGGGACCAGCGACUAAAGCAUCUGAUUCAGAAUUUGAGGAGGACUCAGAGUCAGGUGAACUCGGGUCUGAAGAUUCUGGUUCAGAUUCCGAAUUUAAAAACUAUCUUUUUUCAUCGGAAGAUACCAGAGAAUUAAUUAAGGCAGUUAGAGCCACUAUGGAUCUUUCUGAUGAAAAAAUCUGUAGAUCAGUCCAUGACGAGAUGUUCAGUGGUUUUGAACAGAGAUCUAACCGAGGUUUUCCGGUGCAUAAAAACAUGCACGAUCUGAUUAAAAGAGAAUGGAGGUCCCCGGAUAGGAAACUAUUCAUUCCUAGGACAAUAAGGCGACGUCUCCCCUUUUCUAGCGAAGACGAAGCCUUGUUAACCACCUGCCCUAAGAUAGAUGUUUCUCUGUCUAAAUUAGUGAAGGGUCCUAACGCCUUACCAUUUGAAGACAUGGGGUCAUUAAGGGACCCCAUGGAUAAAAAGACAGAUCAGACUCUUAAAAAAACAUGGGAAGCUUGUGCUGCCCUGUUCAAACCAAACCUAGCGGCAACCUCAGUAUCCAGAUCAUUAAAAAAAUGGCUCACACAGUUAGAAUCCCUAUUGAAAGGCGGUAGUACAUACGGUGAUCUUAAAGAUUCCUUUCCGCUCCUAAUCAAAGCGGUGGAUUUCCUAUCUGAUGCCACUGCGGAAUCUGUCAGGAUAGCUGCUAAGGCAUCUGGGUUAGCGGUCGUGGCAAGAAGGUCCCUCUGGUUAAAAUCCUGGUCAGGUGAGGUCAGUUCAAAAUUAAAAUUAUGUACCUUACCUUUUCAUGGUAAUCUAUUGUUUGGGGAGGAUUUAGAGUCCAUCCUAGAAAAGGCUUCCGAUUCUAAGAAGACUUUUCCCAGAGAUUCCGGGAAGAGGAAAUUUCCCUUUCGGAGAGUUAAAAAAGGGACCCCCUUUCAAGCAAAGAAAACUAACAGGGACUCAGGCUGGUCAAGGGGAAGAAACCAGAAGAGUAGAGGGUACCUGUUUUCUUCAAAGAAUACGGAACCGUCAAAGCAAUGA